AUGACACAAUUCGACCAAAACCAUAUGACAAAGUUUACAACGAAAAAGCUGCGCUUAAAAACUCCAUUACUGGGCGGCAUUCGUUUCGCCAUGACACAAUACGCGUUAACCGACAAAAUGAGAGCGUCGCAGCUAGUUACGGAAAUAAAAGCUGUUAUUAUGAAUCGCUGCGAUGGGUGCGCGGUCGGUAGCGGCGCGGGCGCGGGCGGGGCCAGAAUUAAAAUAGCGAACUGUAUGAAACGUGCAGAGUUGGCGGGCGAUGUGGCCACGGCGGGGGCGGCAAAACCGGCGCUCAAACCGGUUUGCGAAAGAGCCCUUCUGUCGAAGUCGGUCGCCAUGCCGCCGCACGCUGAGGGCCGGUGCAUUAGUCGGGUCAUCUGCUUAUGCACCGCAUUAAAAUCACGAUUUCAUAAAUUCAAACACAAAAGAACUCCCAAGGGCCUGAAUAAAACAGAAGCUCGGGACGGACGAGUUGGCGCUAAUUUUGCCCGACAACGAAUCGCCAGUCGAGCGAUGACACAGUUGCUAUACACAUUAGGAGGGCCGAGCGGCAGCUGGACGCCGGGAAAUGUCGCUUAUCUGACGCCGCACCUUUUGUCGGUAGGCGUUGACCCAAUUCGAGUGGCACUCUGUCGCGGCGGCGGCGGCGGUGUCAACAACGUCUUCAUUCGGAUUAUUUGA